AUGCAACCAAGGCUCUACAGUGUACGAAUUGCCAAUGAAUUACCUUCAGUGUGUGCUGUGACUGUCUUUUUCAAGGCAGCUGAAGGAGAAGAUCGAGACGAAGAGACUCACACUCUACCAGUCAAUGUGGCACACGUCUUUGAAGAGAGAGAGAAUUUGUUUGUCGAUAACAUCGAGGUUGUGACAGAAGACAAUACCUAUACCUUCUCGGGGCCAUACUUGAAUCACGAUUCACAACGAGAGACAUUCUUUAUUGUUCAAUCCAAGCAUGGUGUUGAAUUGAGGAUUCGAGACAAGGAACUGAAAACGAAAUACGACUACUCUGAUGUGAUUGGUCCAUCAUCGUCCGAUAAUAAGGAUGUCAUUAGUUAUUGA